UGAGGGACACUCUUCAGCAAUGACGGAAACUUCUACCAUUCCUUAUGACGAAGCCCUGCCUUCUUUGUGGCCGUUCAAUGCCGAGGCUGCUCUGAGCUCUGGAUGUCCAGGAACUGGGGAGUGACCAUCCCCUGCGCCGCCGCCUAUCUGUUGGUGGUGUUCUUCGGGAAAAGGUCCAUGAAGAACCGAGGGAGGCUCGACCUUCGUCCGCUCCUGACAGCCUGGAACUUAGUCCUGGCGGUGUUCAGUACCAUGGGAGCCGUGCAUUCCAACGGGGAGCUCAUCUCCAGGCUGUAUCGGGAAGGUCUCAGGUACGCCGUUUGCGACUCGUCCUUCUACCACGACGACGUGAUCGGCUUCUGGACAUUUCUGUUCGCCUUCAGCAAAGUCUUCGAGCUCGGUGACACUUUCUUUCUGGUCGUACGCAAGCGAAGACUUCGCACCUUGCAUUGGUACCACCACGCGCCCACCCUGGUGUAUACUUCGUACGCGUACGCGCACAUGCAUGGUCCGGGACUGUUCUCAUUGGCUAUGAACUACGGCAUCCAUGCUCCGAUGUACGCCUACUUCACUCUCCGGGCAGCUACAGUAGUCUUACCGGAAGUCUUCGCCGUGUGUAUCACGCUAGUACAGAUCCUCCAACACCUGUGCGGCUGUGCCCUGAACGCAUGGGCACUCUGGAUCGUCCUGCACGGCGGACAGUGUUCCGCCGGUGUUCUCGUCAGUCUGGUGUCUAUCUGCGUGUACGGAAGUUACGCCGUGAUGUUCUUACGCUUCCUCGUCGACAAAUACACCAGAAAGGACGACGGCAAGGCUGAUUAGCAACAGAAAUCUAACAUUUGUCUUUUUUCUGAUUUUUCGCCAAAUUUAAUCGACUGAACCAGACCACAAUAACACGUUUGGGGAGCUUCAUUAGUUUUAAUUUCGUGAAAGUUACAAAUUUGC